UGAGUGCCCCGUGUUUCUUUCUCGUCUUCUGCCAUGAAGAAGCCUGCGUCGUCUGCUACCACCAGUGCCGCCGGCAACGCGCUGGAUUUGGCUGCGCGCUGAAAACAAGCGUGUCACGCGGGACCGGCGAUCGAUUGUCUGCUCGCGCUGCGUGCUGUGUCGUCUGCUGUGAACCCUCGAGGCUAGCGUUGUGUGUCGUCAGCUCGCUUUCCGCGCGCGCUGCGGCGGCGGGGUGGUACGGCGACGUUUCGGAUUUUGUGAUUGCUCUCCUCUUGUGUACCGGCGCGCACGGCGGGGCGUGCGCCGCGGUGACCACUCGUGGAUUUCCGUGAGGACCGGCCGCGCGCGUUCGCGGCCUGCGGCGACCCCGCUGCAACCAUGUCGUCCAUGCUGGCCGGCGGUCCCAACAUCCUGCAGAUGUGCAGCAGCUUCGAAGCGAACAAGUCGACGAAGGGCGCUUCGAAGCUUCGCCGGGACCUGAUCAACGCGGAGAUCUCGAACCUGCGAGACCUGCUGCCCCUGCCGUCGUCGACGCGGCAGCGGUUGUCGCAGCUGCAACUCAUGGCGCUGGUGUGCGUGUACGUGCGAAAGGCGAACUACUUCCAACACAUAUUCCGGAAACAUGACGUACUGCCUGAGGUCCCGCUGAUGCACUUCGGGUUUUCAAAAGCGAUGAGUGGAUUCCUGAUGAUGAUGACGCAAAACGGCAAGCUGCUCUACAUCUCGGACAACGCUGCCGAAUACCUCGGCCACUCCAUGGAGGACCUCCUCAUCCACGGUGACAGCGUGUACGACAUUAUCGAGAAGCAAGACCACCAGGCUAUCCAGGCCGAGCUGAUGCGCAGCCCGAACCCACUGGGAGUCCUCCACCACGAGCCGGACACGAGGCUCUUCCUCUGCCGCAUGAAUGUCUCGCGCAACGCACGUCGACAGAUGCGCUUCGGUGACCAGAAGGUGGUUCUGGUGCAGGGCCACUUCGUGUCGUACCUGCCGCUGUGCAGCCGUAACGAGCCCGUGUUCCUGGCGACGUGCACUCCCGUGGCCAUGCCUGAGACGCGAGAGUGCGUCGUUCAGGGUUCGACAUCCGUGUUCACCUCCAUACACUCCAUGGACAUGAAGUUCCUACACCUGGACAGAAACGGCGAGUUCCAUCUCGGUUAUCAAAAGUCCAGCCUUCAGAGCAUCUCCUGGUACGAGCUUGUCCACUGGGAACACCUGAGGGAAGCACAGUCUAAGCACCGCCUCAUAACGCAGUCGGAGCAGGAGCGAUCGUGCAUCCUACUGGUGCGACUGCAGACGAGUCGUUCAGGCUGGCUGUGGGUGCACGCAGUGCUCCAGGUGAAGGAUGGCUCCGACAGCUCCCAGCAGCCGGUCAUCGUGUGCACUAACCAAGUUCUCAGCGAACGGGAAGCAGCCGUGAUGCGUGCCAACUCUUGGCUCUACCAGUACUACUCUCUCCACUCGAAGAUGCACUACGGUCUUGCGUACGAGGCCACACGCCUGCCCGCUUACUACCCAACUCCUGUGAUGCCCUAUCCACCACCUCCCCCGCCUCCACCACCACGAGAAGUGCCGCAAGCACCGCUACCGCACUCGCCUUACCCUCUGCCUCACCACCUCAAUGGAGCACCAGUUCCACACCAUCCACAACACCACCCCGGUGUGCUCCAGUACGGCGGUCCAUCCCCACACAGCGGUCUUCCUUACAGCAGCGUCGCCACUAGCGCUGCAGCUGCGACAGCCUCAGCAUGUGCUAGCACCAGCAGUCCAAUCCCUUCGCCUGAUCACCGGAAGUGGAUGCCUUCUUCAUCAUCUUCCUCUGGGCUCAAGAGACCAGCGUCUCCGGGCUCGAGCAUCAGCGUAAGCAGUGGCGGAAGCGUUAGCGGGAACUCCAAUGGCACCACUACCAGUCCGACUCUUCCCAAGGCUCCAAGGCCAAGUUACGGUGCCUUCACGGAACUCGCUCCUCUGCUUCCUUCCGGAUACUACGGCGGUCCCGGACAGGUACUGGCCGCGACAGCUCCAGUCCCGGCUGCCUUUCGUGCCCCCACCAAGUUACCCGACGAUAGGCUGGCCGACGUGGAACAGUCUCUGACUCCAACGAACACGGAAGACGUGUCCCAGCUGAUCUCAGGCGGCGGACCAGGUUACCUGCGGCCAACGUACAUGUCCCUGGACGACCCCGAGGUUGCCAAGGCCGCAAGAAGCGUGGCACCGUAUCCGACGCCCCUCGAACCACCCGCCUACUAUCCUCGCUACCUGGAGCUAAGCCUUACACUCGAACUCGCCGACGGCAAGGAACCGUACGCUGCUGCGGCUGCAGCAGCGGCAGCCGCGGCGGCGGCACAGAGUUCGGCGGACCUCAGGGAAGGUUUCCUCUACCACCGGGGCGCCUUCGCUCCACCACGGUUAUCGGCACCAUGCGGAGCUGGUAGCGAAGAAGAAGCAGCGGCCGCUCUGGACGCGUCGGCAGCAGCUCACGCGGCAGCUGUGGCGGCUGCGGCUCACCACCACCAUCCGCAUCCCUACUGGCACCGGCCGGUUGGCGGAAGCGGCCCUCCAGGAUUAGGUGGUCCCAACGGCGCCAUCGACGCCGCCACUGGAGCAUGCCUUCCACAACAGCCUGGACACCGGGCGAUCGCUGAGGAACCAGCUUCUGUCGAGUCCUGAC